AUGACGAAUCCAAACAAGGACCCCUAUGUUUCUAAGGCAACAAAGAAAGCACUCAUGAUAAAAAUCUUUAGUUCAACACCAAAUGCUUGGUUUAUGGAUAUCUUGGAAAACAUUCCGAGAGUUAGAACAGAUGGACCACCAUACUGGCUAAUAUUUGUCGGUCAAAACACAAGAUACUGUGAAGCCAUACCAUUACAGUCCAAAAAUAUUUUAGAUAUCUUAGCAGCUUUGACAAUAUUCGUUGACAAAUACCAUCCAACAAAACUGACAUCUGACUGUGAAAGUUCUUUCAAAUCAGACGAUAUUAAAAACUAUCUGCGUUCAAAAAAUGUAAACCAAUAUUUCAUUGUCGACCAAAACCAUUCUGCUCUUGGUGUCAUUGACGGUUGUAUAAAAAUGUUAAGAGACUUAAACCAACCACAAGGUGGUGAAGCAAAUGAAAUGUCAUAUGACGACAAAUAUAGACACUUCUCCAUGGCAAAGAUGAGACAAGUUUUAAAUAUUUACAAUAGCCGUAAACAAAAAGGUUUGGGAAACCACUCCCCCGAAGAAAUGAAAAACAACCCUGA